AUGGCCGGCAUCCUAGGCAUAUACGGCCUCGUUGUUUCGGUGCUGAUUGCCAACAACCUCGCGCAGGAGAUGGCUCUGUACACUAGUCUGCUUCAGCUGGGCGCCGGACUGGCGGUUGGGCUUUGCGGACUGGCUGCUGGGCAAGUUUGCAAUUGGGAUUGUCGGUGA